AUGACUGACCGAAAGCUUGUCGUUUUGGGCAUUCCAUGGGAUGUGGACACAGAAGGACUCAGAGAAUACAUGAGCAAGUUUGGGGAUUUAGAGGACUGCAUUGUAAUGAAGGAGCGGACCACUGGUCGUUCUCGUGGUUUUGGAUAUGUUACAUUUGCAGCAGUUGAGGAUGCGAAGGCUGCAUUGACAAGCGAGCAUGUCCUCGGUAAUAGAAUGUUGGAGGUCAAAAUAGCCACACCAAAGGAGGAGAUGAGAGCUCCACCGAGUAAAGUGACCAGGAUUUUUGUGGCAAGGAUUUCACCAUCUGUGACUGAAGCUAUGUUCAGAAGUCAUUUCGAGAGGUAUGGUGACAUAACAGAUUUAUACAUGCCAAAGGAUCCAACUGCCAAGGGCCAUCGUGGGAUUGGAUUUAUCACUUUUGCAAAUGCUGAGGCAGUUGAUGAUCUGAUGGCUGAAACCCAUGAGUUGGGAGGUUCUACUGUAGUCGUGGAUCGGGCAACCCCAAAGGAGGAUGACUUCCGACCAGUAAGUCGAAUGCCUCAGGGUGGUGGCUAUGGUGCAUAUAAUGCUUACAUGCAUUCUGCAACGAGAUAUGCCACACUUGGUGCUCCAACCUUGUAUGAUCAUUCAGGUCCUAUGUAUGGAAGAGGGGAAACAGCUCGUGGAAUGGGCAAAAAGAUUUUUGUUGGCAGGCUUCCUCAGGAGGCAAGCAUAGAAGAUCUCCGUCAGUACUUUGGGAGAUUUGGUCGUAUUUUAGAUGUUUAUGUUCCAAAGGACCCCAAGAGAACGGGUCACAGGGGAUUUGGUUUUGUGACUUUUGCCGAAGAUGGUGUUGCUGAUCGUGUAGCUCGGAGAUCUCAUGAAAUAUGUGGACACCAGGUUGCAAUAGAUUCAGCUACACCAAUUGAUGAUGCUGGCCACAGUAGUAAUUUCAUGAUGAACAAUCCUGAACCAUUCGGGUAUGGUGGACCUCUGCGUUCCUAUGGCAGGAUGUAUGGGAGCUUAGAUUUUGAUGAUUGGGGUUAUGGCAUGGGUGGUGGUAUGCGCGGCGGCAUGGGUGGUGGUGGUAUGCGCGGUGGCAUGGGUGGUGGUAUGCGUGGCGACAUGGGUGGUGGCAGGCCUUCUCGUUCAGAUUACAGACUACUUGGGAAUGCCUCCGAGAACCUAGGGUUUGUCAACAUUACUGAUCUGAAUGGUGGCAAAGUCAACUUCGGUUCAGCGGUUCCAGGCUCCAAACUUGACUCCACCUACUCCAAAUUAGUCCAACUUCCUGUUUUAUCCUAA